AUGCUGUUGGUGGUCCUCCUUCCGCUUGCGCUGGUUGUUUCCAUAGGAGCCGCAUUCUCUGACCGAGCUGUGUGUCUUCGUCGACUGAGUUUUGAUGGGCAGCCCCCACAGGACCAGCGCGAGUACUCAUUCCAAAGCUGCAAAAAUCAUGCGGCCAACACUUGCUGCUAUCCGCAGCACACCGAGCUAAUUAAAAGGCGUUUAGGUGCCUUGGAGGACAACAAAGAAUGCAAAAAGGUGUCGGAGGAAGUAAUGUGCGUGCUGUGCGAGCCACGAUUUGGCACGGGGGAAUUGGAGAGCAAAGGCAACCCUGUCCUGUGCCCGCAGCUCUGUGAAAAGUGGUUCGCUGCAUGUAAAGAAGCGUUUGUAUCCGCCUCCCCAUCUGGCAGCUCCAGCGCCUUGACCUUCUGCGAUGACAAUUGCCUCAUCUGCUCGCGGCUCUCUGCAACGCUGGACAAUAGCCUCUCCUUUUGCCAUGGGAUGGGCUAUGAGGUUCUUCUGGAGGAUGCAUCUGACUCGUCUGAAGGCGUAAAGCAGAGACGGCGUGCCUGUUACGGUGGUGUGCCAACAGCUUCAUUUAGCGCCGCCCCGAAGCUUUCGGAGAGACAGGGUGGCUACGGGAGCCAUCGAAGCGAGCGCGAGGCCUUCGAAAACUGGCUUUGGGGGAACUGGUAUACAGUGUAUGAGUUGUUCAGUCGACCUGAGGUGUGGCUGCUGCUGCUGGUGUUUGGCUUUUUGUUGAACCAGCUGCUGCAACAGGCCCGGGAGAUAGUGGCUGUUCACGAACAGGAGGAGAAGCUCGAGCGUCGGCAGCAGAUCUUAGAGCGCUAUAGUGCUCGAGAGGACGAGGAGGAGGAAGAGUCGGUCUCGUCUGCAGAAGAAGCAGAUAAUGACACAGAGCCGGCACCCCAGAGACCCGAAUAA